AUGAUGACUUCUAAAAGUGAUACCAUGGAAUCGACGACUUUACUAAACAAAAAGACGAACGAAGAAUCUUCUUCGUUAAAGAAGUAUUUGACCCCGAAAUAUGCGAUUGCCGCCACCGCGACGAUCGCGUUAGGCGCUUUAGGGGUCGCGUCGCAAUCAUCUUCUUUUGGCCGCGGGCAACUCAAACUCGGGAGUUCCAAUACGAACACUUCGAACAACAAAGUUGUUGUUCGUCAAUCACGAUUGGGCGCCGGUUCUCCGCAAACUAUUAGUUUGCACACCGGGUGCUCUCCCUUGAACAAGCUUCCGUUCGAUACGUCCUCGGAUUGGACCGGAAAGAUUGGAGCGAAAGUGGUUUCGAAAUCCAUGCAAAGUGAUUUCAGGUUCGAAAACGCACAAAAUUUGCAGGAAACGUCGUGCGGAAACUACGAAGGGACGGUCGAUCUUGAAGUCGGCGAAGAGUUUGGGUUUUAUUUAUACCCACUCGGAGACGAAUCGGACGAAUCCACGGUUUUGGACAACGGUUGCUUACACGAAGGCGACGGGCGUUGCCCGGCGUUUUCUUCGCCGUCGGCGCUCGCCGGUAUCGAGCAGUGUACGUCGAAGUAUUCGGAUCCGGGGAGCGGAGAUGUGUUUUACAACCGCGUUUUCGACGGUGAAACGUUGGCGUAUAACUGGGGAACGUGUGAAACGACGUGCGCGAACUCCGGGCCACCGGGGUGCCCGCAAAUAUCUACGGAGCCCGAAGUGCUCGACGCCCAGACGUGUCCGAUCAGCAGCGGUACCGGCGACGCCGGUUACACGGAUAACUAUCGCGGCUGGUACGACGCGAGCGGAUGCGGUAUUUGCCAAGAUUACUGCAGAUGGGUCGGAAAUUCAGGUUCUGGCGGCGACCCGAGCGUGAGAACGUCCUCUGGCGAUUCGUUUUGGUCGUGCAGAAAGGCGGGAGGGAAAGCGUCGAAUCCGGGUACGAAUCAAAAAGAUUUUUGCCCGGAUCCGUCCAACACGAACAUUCGAAACGUUGGCGGUUGCGGUAGCGAUAACUACUCCGCGAGAGGCUAUUACGGCGACACUUUUACUCAUAAAAAGUGUUCAGGGCAAGGCGUUCAAGCGAACCCAAUAACGACGACGACGCCUUCGUCGGAGCCGGAACUUAUGAAAUUUGAAUCGGUUGGGACGUACGCGUACACCGCGCCGCAAACGGGCAUGGCGAAAAUCUUGGUCGUCGGCGGCGGUGGUGGCGGCGGUGGACGAUCCGGCGCUGGCGGCGGCGGUGGUGGUGUGGUAUACGUCGAGUCGUAUCCAGUCGUCGCCGGUCAAACCUACGAAGUCCAAGUCGGUUCGGGAGGCGCCGGAGGAAGUGGAAUCACCGGUUCAGGGAAAAACACGAAAGGUGGCUCCGACGAUGAUCCAGGAAAAGCUGGUUCGAACUCCGUAUUCCAAGACCUCAUCGCUCUUGGCGGUGGAGGUGGCGGUUCAUCUUGGCACGAAGGCGGCUAUCCGGGCGGAUCGGGAGGCGGCGGUAAGUAUGGUCACGUCGGCGGCGCCGCUUUGCAAUCCGCUCAAUCUGGAUUGAGCGGCGAAUACGGGCACGGUUUUGCCGGAGGUUCCGGAACGUCUGGGUCUUGGAACGCCGGAGGCGGUGGUGGAGCCGGAUCCGUUGGGGUCAGCGGAACCUCUUCCGUUUGCGGUAACGGCGGAGAUGGUUUUACGAGCGAUAUCACCGGUGAGACGGUCACGUACGGCGGUGGCGGCGGCGGCGGUUCUCAUAACCCAGCCUGUUCCAGCGGCGGCGAAGGUGGCGCCGGUGGCGGCGGCAAAAACGGCAUGCCGGGCGCGAAAGACAGCGGCGAAAAUGGCAUCGACGGCCUCGGCGGCGGCGGCGGCGGAGGAUCCACGACGAGUCAUCACGGCGGCAAUGGGGGCACGGGAGGCUCGGGCGUCGUUGCCAUCUCGUGCUGCACGCCAGCCGCGGCUUUAAGAUAA